GCCUGCGCACUGGGGCCCCAGCGCCUGCGGCGGCUCCCCGCUCGGCUGCUCUGAAGAUGGCGGAGCGCGCCGGUGCUGGCACAUCCCUGAGGGGGCUGCGGGAACGGAUGGUUGCUGCUGCUAAUGCCAUUGCUGAAGAAAGACGGAGUCAGGGCAGCUUUAGCGCUCUUCCAUCACAGCCCUCAAAUAUAAAAUCAGCGUUUAAACCAGUAAUAGAUGGAUCUGUGCUUAAAAAUGAUGUAAAGCAAAGAUUAGCAAAGGAGCGCAGAGAGGAGAAAAAAAGACAAGAUGAUGCUAAUAAAGAGACACAACUACUUGAAAAAGAAAGAAAGUCUAAGAUCCUAUACGAAAAACAGAUGGAAGAAAAGCAGCGAAAGCUGAGGGAACAGAAAGAAAAGGAUGAACAACGGAGAAUAUCUGCAGAAAAAAAGAGAAACGAAAAGUUACAGGAAGAAAGGGAGAGAUUCAAAGCUGUCCUUCAUCGUACACUGGAACGGAGCAGCCGUGUGGAUCAUCAAAAAAGAUGGUCAUGGGAAGGCUCUACAACAGUAAACUCUCAGAAUAAAACUGCCAACAAACAUUCUAUAUCUACUGAAAAGCUUGAACAGGGGACUUCUGGAUUACAUAAACAAAUGUCAUCUGCAAGUUCUCAAAAUUCUAUUGCCAAGAAAACAACAGAAAAGAGGAGAAGCUCAUCUCUGAAUAGAAGAUGUAGCAAACUGCAUUCAUCUACAGAACAAGUGGAAGAAAAAACACCUGGCAUCCACAAUAUAUUCCAGUAUGUAAACAUGCCCCUGCUUAAGCAUAGCAGUGAUGAAUUGAAGAGUACCAUAGUGCCUCACAAGUCAACAGUGAUAAUACCUCCCCAGGAGAAAGUAGACACACCCUCCAAGACAAGCGUGGAAGCGGCCCCCAAGGCGAGUGUGGAAGUGCCCCUGGUGGAGGUGAGCGUGGAAGCACCCCCCGAGGCAAGCUUGGAUGUAUCCCCCGAGGCGAGCAUGGAAGCACCCCUCGAGGCAAGCUUGGAAGUAUCCCCCGAGGUGAGCGUGGAAGCACCCCCCGAGGCGAGCGCAGGAACACCCCCCACGAGUGUGGAAACAUCACCUGAGGCAAGCGAGGAUCUGUCCCUUGAGGCGAGUGUGAAUCCGUCCCCAGAGGUGAGCAUGGACUCAUCCCCAGAGGUGAGCGUGGACUCGUCCCCAGAGGUGAGCACAGAAGCGUCAUCUGAGGCUAGUGUGGAAGCAUCUCCUGAGGCGAGCGUGGAAGCAUCCCCAGAGGAGAGCACAGAAGUGCCCUCUGAGGCAAGUAUGGAGGCGCCCCCCGAGGCCUCCCCUGAGGUGACCAUGGGAAUGUCUUCCAAGGUGAAAAUGAAAGACUCUCCACAGAAAUCAGAAACGGACAAACAGGCCUCAAACCUGAUUACGAAGAAGCGCCUACCACCAUCGCAGAUACCGUGUUAUAGAUGGUCAUCUUCUCCUACAAGCAGGUGGUGUCCUCCAUCUCCCAUCAGUGCUAGCAGGCAAAUCCAAAAGAAUCGCCCCCCGUCACCUUCACCCGUCACGUCAAAACAGUCGACACAGUUUUCUUUUUCCUCUAGAGCAAUUCCUAUGCAGCGUACCGUAUUUGCACAAAAUGCAUUAGGUACUAUUGGAAUGAAAAGUGAAGCCAUCUCUAACACCAUUAACAGCUCUGAGGCUGCAAGCCAAAAGGAUAUGAUCUGUGAAGAGUCUGGUAAUAAAAGCACACCAGGGCCUAUGAAUGCCGAGGAGGCAACAAAAAUUUUGGCAGAGAAACGACGUCUUGCUCGUGAACAAAAAGAAAAAGAGGAAGAAAGACUACAAAAAGAGAUGGAACAAAGGAAAAUGAAAGACAUAGCAAAGAAAGCAGAUGAAGGCCAACAAGAGGAGUUCUCAAAAUUUGGAGAUGGGCAGCCACCAAAGGGGAUAAAAAAGAAGAAAGGAAGUCAAGAACAAGAAGACCAAAAAGUAGAACUCCAGAAAAGUGAUGCCAAAAUAAAAGCUCAGGAGGAGGCUGACAAACGCAAGAAGGAGCACGAGAGAAUUAUGUUACAGAAUUUGCAGGAGAGAUUAGAAAGAAAAAAGAGAAUUGAGGAAAUUAUGAAGCGGACAAGAAGGCCAGAUUCAAAUACCUCAAAGGCUACAGAAACAUUCAGCAAUGAUGCAUAUGAGGAGGACGAGGCAGACGAUGAGGACGAGUCGGAAAGUGACAGUGAUUCCUUUGAUGACAUGCAUCCAUCAGCUUUUAUAAACGGCAUGGAGUCAUCCACAAAACCAAAAACACAUUUUAAAAACGUGAAGAACACUCGCAAGCUGGUGCUUUUAGAUGCGACUUCUAGCUACAUCCGUAAAGAGACAAAAACACUUUUCAAUUGUGACAUGAAAACCUUCAGACAAAAAAGAGUGAAAGACCCUUUGAAUCAGACAAAGAGUGCCAGAUCCUCCACCAAAAGAACAGCCAACCGAGCAGCCAAAACCGGAAAGGCAGAAACCAGCAACACCGUGGGACCUUCCAAGAGCUUACAUUCAGAGGCACAGGAUUGGGUCUGUGACAAGAUUAUUGACAUCACAGGCAAGAUAGAACCACCUAAGUCCAGUAUCCCUCCUGAUAGCCGAAAACACCAUCUGAAAGGUCCCAUGACAUCCUGCCUAAGUCACCAGCUGCCUAUAGACAACAAGAAAACAAGCAAAUCUGUUUCUGCUCUAUCAGAUAUGUAAACCUCAUCCAGCCUGGAAGAGAAUCCAUUCUCCACUCUGGAUUUUGACCUCCAGGCACAUCUCUCAAAAUUUCUCCACCUCCUACUUGAACCUGGCAAAGAAAAUGACUCUCAAAAAAAAAAAAAAAAAAAGGGAAACAUCAAAACGUCAUCUUAACUUAUCUCAGAAGAUGCUCAUAUCAUCUUGACUCUUGCCCAUAAGCAAGGGUUCUGAGUAAAGAGUCGUUUUGUUUGCCUGUAAAAA